CUGAGUGUAGAGAGACAGUUAUGGUGGAGUUCGACUACCUUGUCUGUAUUCUUUUCUGUUCCUUCUCUCGAGAAGCGGAUAGAAGUUGAAACCCCUCAAAAGUAGAAGCUGUUUUCUUUCUGCCCGUCCCUAUCUCAACUUGGACUCUCCAUUUUUACCCAUCUGGGUCCUCACCGUUUUCGUUUAAACCUUUCCUUUUGAAUGCCCAUUUCUUGGAAAGAUAAAGAAAACAGCUCUCUGUUCUCUUCCAGUUUUGUUUUUCCAAUCUCUCGUAUUUUUUUACUCUGGAUCUGGGUCUUUUGUUUCGACUGUGGAUUUUGGUGAUAUGAAUGAGUUGAAUUAGCAUUCAAAUGGGUUUUCUGAGGUACAUUUGGAUUUGCUCUGUGCAUUCAAAUGAGUUAAUUCUCUGAGCGAGUAGUCAUGGAGGUUGCCCAGACGAGGGUAUGCAUUUUCGUCUCUUUCUUCCUAUUUACAGUGGCUUAUGCUGCCACGGACCCCAAUGAUCUCAAAAUCCUGAACGAUUUCAGGGAAGGUUUGGAAAAUCCAGAGCUUCUCAAGUGGCCUGCCAAUGGGGAUGAUAACCCAUGCGGCCCUCCUUCCUGGCCUCACGUCUUCUGUUCUGGGGAUAGGGUGUCACAGAUUCAGGUUGCCGACCUUGGUCUCAGGGGACCUCUGCCAAAGAACUUUAACCAGCUCUCAAGGCUCUUCAAUCUGGGCCUUCAAAGAAACAAGUUCAACGGGACGUUGCCCACCUUUAGAGGUUUAUCGGAGUUGCAAUUUGCUUACAUAGACUACAAUGAAUUCGACUCGAUCCCAUCUGAUUUCUUUGACGGACUUACCAGUAUUCGUGUCCUCGCUUUGGAUUAUAAUCCGUUCAAUGAAAGUACUGGAUGGUCUCUUUCAGAGGAGUUAGCAAAAUCAGUUCAAUUGACAAAUCUUUCUUUGAUACAUAGUAAUUUGGCUGGUCCAUUGCCAGAAUUUCUAGGUACAUUACCGUCCCUCACAGCUUUGAAGCUUUCAUAUAACCGAUUAUCUGGUGAAAUUCCAUCGAGUUUUGGGCAAUCAUUGAUGCAAAUUCUAUGGCUGAAUGAUCAAGAUGGUGGUGGGAUGACGGGUCCAAUCGAUGUAAUUGCUUCAAUGACUUCAUUGGCACAACUUUGGCUACAUGGAAACCAGUUCGUGGGGACUAUUCCAGAAGGAAUAGGAAAUCUGACAUCGUUGAAAGAUCUCAAUCUGAACGGAAACCAAUUUGUUGGACCGGUUCCUGAGAGCUUAGCAAGUAUGGAGCUUGAGAGCUUGGACUUGAACAACAACCAGCUUAUGGGGCCAAUACCAAAGUUUAAGGCGGGUAAUGUUUCUUAUGCUUACAAUUCCUUUUGUGAACCUGAUCCUGGGCUUCAAUGUGCACCAGAAGUUAUUUCGCUUUUGGAUUUUCUCGGCGGUGUAAAUUAUCCCUUGAGCCUUGCUUCUGAAUGGUCUGGCAAUGAACCCUGUGAAGAGCCAUGGUUGGGACUGAGCUGCAAUUCAAAUUCCCAAGUUUCUGUCAUAAAUUUGCCAAGACGUAUGCUUAAUGGCACUCUGAGUCCUUCAAUUGCAAAGUUAGGUUCCCUGAUUGAAAUCAGGCUUGGAGGAAACAACUUACAUGGUACAGUCCCUGAUAAUUUUACUGAAUUGAAAUCAUUAAGAUUGUUGGAUUUGAGUGGAAACAAUAUUCAGCCACCACUACCGAGAUUUUCUCAAAGUGUGAAGGUUAUAACCGAGGGAAAUCCUAUGUUAGUCGCUAAUGCAACUCCUGUAUCUCCCUCACCUGCUAAAAGCCCACCACCCGUUACUCUAAAACCUCCCCCAAACGACCCACCGUUAGCCUCUGCACCCAAAGCACCAUCCCAUGGAUCUCCCCCAGUUAAAGGCUCAAGCUCCAAUCCAUCAUCAAGUGUUUCACCAAGGCAACUCGAAUCAAAAAGCUCCAAAAGAUUGAAAACAGUGAUGAUUUUGGGUGGAGUUGCUGUUAUUGCAGGUCUGGUUCUCACGAUUUUGCUAUCCAUUUACUGCUGUAAGAAGCAGAGACACACUAGAAAUGCUCCUAGCUCCAUUGUUGUUCAUCCUAGAGAUCCAACAGAUCCAGGAAAUAAGGUUAAGAUUGCAAUUUCAGACAGCACAACAGGAAAGUUAUCAACUCAAACUGGGAGCAGUUCUUCUUUUAAUAUCAGUGGUGGGACUGAAAGUUCUCGUGUCAUUGAAGCAGGGAAUGCGGUCAUAUCAAUUCAAGUUCUACGCAAGGCCACUAAUGAUUUUGCACCAGAAAAUGAACUUGGCCGUGGUGGAUUUGGAAGUGUUUAUAAGGGUGAAUUGAACAGUGGGACAAAAUUCGCUGUUAAAAGAAUGGAAAGUGGGGUGAUGAGCAACAAAGCUUUAGAUGAAUUUCAGGCUGAAAUCGCUGUUCUGUCUAAGGUCCGGCACCGCCAUUUGGUAUCUCUGUUGGGGUUCUCCAGUGAAGGAAAUGAAAGGCUUCUGGUGUAUGAGUACAUGCCUCAGGGUGCUCUAAGCAGGCAUCUUUUCCAUUGGAAGAGCCUGGCAUUGCAGCCACUAUCUUGGACGAGGAGGCUCGUAAUUGCAUUGGAUGUUGCUAGAGGAAUGGAGUAUCUUCAUAAUCUGGCUGGCCAAACCUUCAUACACCGUGAUCUCAAGUCUUCUAAUAUUCUUCUGGAUGAUGACUUUCGGGCAAAAGUUUCUGAUUUUGGAUUGGUCAAACUUGCUCCAGAUGGAGAGAAAUCCGUUACUACUAAGCUUGCUGGGACAUUUGGAUACCUUGCGCCUGAAUAUGCGGUGAUGGGGAAAAUCACAACUAAAGCUGAUGUCUUCAGCUAUGGAGUGGUGUUGAUGGAAAUUUUGACUGGAUUGACAGCACUUGAUGAGGGACGCUCGGAGGAAAGCCGGUACUUGGCUCAGUGGUUUUGGCGAAUCAAGUCAAGUAAAGAGAAACUUUUGGCUGCCAUUGAUCCAGCUCUUGAUCCAGAUGAAGAGACCUUUGAGAGCAUCUCUGUCAUUGUCGAACUUGCUGGACAUUGUACGGCAAGGGAGCCAAAUCAUCGGCCUGAUAUGGGCCAUGCAGUGAAUGUCCUGUCCCUACUGAUUGAGAAAUGGAAGCCAAUUCAUGAUGAGUCCGAGGAUUUCUCUGGAAUUGAUUACAGUCUACCCCUUCCCCAGUUGUUGAAGGUUUGGCAGGAAGCAGAAAGCAAACACAGUUUUACUAGUCUUGAUGACAGCAAGGGAAGUAUACCAGCAAGGCCUACUGGAUUCGCGCAAUCCUUCACAUCUGCCGAUGGCCGAUGAGUCAAACAUAAUCCGGUGAAAUUAAUCUUUCUUGCUGAAUUAUUCCUAAAUAAACCGGUUAUCUAGUUGCUCCAAAUAGGCAUAUUUUGCUCUUCCAAGUAAGAUCUCAUGUUGCAGAAUUUGUUUCUCGAGCUCAGAGAACCGGAACAGUGAUGUAGAUACUGGGAGUUGAUACUUGUUUGUUGGUUAUUCCUUCAAUUAUCCAGUCUGUAUUUUCCUUCUUAUUUAAUGUUUCUCUGUAAAGAAUUUAUGUCACUUCAAAACAUAUGGAUUUAUUUCAUACCCCUUUUGACUC